AUGCAUUUGCGCGCAUCGCUCCGCUUUAUCCUACAGUCUGUACCCGGUACAGGGUCACUUGUAUGCGUCAGCGCUUCUUUUACGUACGACUUCUCAGCACGACACAUGUACAUCUUUAUGCAUGGCCUUGCAAGCUAUAACUACGACCGCUUUUCAUCAGUCAUUGAAGAAGGCGCCUCUAGCGCGUCUGCGUUCUUAGUUCCGAGUAUCAUCAUCCGUCACAAUCUCGUGAGGCGCGUAAAGGCACUGAACCUUUGGCAAGAUAAGAUAUAUUGGUUCGAGCGGAGGGUCGGCAUUCGAUACGAUCACCAAGAUAACCCUGAGUUAUCCAGUAUCGAUUUCAGCACGCUUUCGAAGGGUCUGAAUGGCGCCACCAUCAAUAUCGCACACAUAACGUGGCUGUGUAAAAGCACUACGCGUAUGCUCGACUUUCUAGACGAGGUUACAAAGAGAUACAGAAAGCAAGCUAUCGCCAAUAACGUGUCCGAAGACGAUGCGAUUGAGAUAGAGCAACUGCUCAACGACUCUCAUGCGCACAUGCGAUCCUGGAACACAGGCCUCGAAGAUCGGGCAGAGUACCUUUCCAAGCGAGGACAAGCUCUGGUACAGACUAUCUACAGUGGCAUUGCUCAGCGCGACUCCGCAAUAAGCCUCAAAUUGGCGAACACAAGCACGAGCCUUGCACAGUCGUCACAAAGCAUAGCGCUAUCAACCUCACGCGACAGUAGAGUUAUGAGAAUCAUCGCCGCCAUCACCGUGUUCUUCUUGCCGGCAACCUUUACUGCCACGUUCUUCAGCACCUCCUUCUUUGACUUCAAACCCGAUCAAGGUGACAAGGUCUACUCACAGUGGAUUUGGUUGUACUUCCUGGUAACAAUAAUCUUGAACUUGACUGUGUUCUUCGGCACAUGGUAUGUAUGGCGAAAGAAAGAGCUGGAAAUCAUGGCAUCUUUCAACUCAGCCGACAAAGAGCCAGAAACCCAGACUUUGGAAACAUCCGGAAGAAGACUUGAUCUUGACAUGGCGCAGUAUGUUGAGCAGGAGAUUGGUCACGCGGCACCGGGGGUGAAGUCGCACACGAACUCAUAA